AUCGAUAUUUCUCAACCCGUUACCCGUUGGCUUCGCUCAUUUACUCGCAGUUUAGCGAGAAGGACGGUCGCGCUCCGCGUGUUUGUAAAUUGUGUAAAUAACAAAACAUUGUUUAUAACUACAAAUAUGGCACCGAUAGCGAGUGUUAUGGGCAUAGACGAUGAUCAGAGAUUUGCUUUAAUGAAGUUCAGAAGGAGUGUAAAGGACGUCCUGAAACCUGAACACAAUGACCACUUCCUUUUGCGGUGGUUAAUUGCCAGACAAUGGGAUGCUGAUGCUGCAGAGAAAAUGCUGAGAGCUUCACUGAAGUGGCGCGAGAAAUGGGCAGUGGAUUCCCUCUUAGACUCCAGGCAGCCGCCGAAGAUGGAGAAAUACGUUCCGUGCGGCCAGGUGGGCUUCGACAAGGAGGGCUCACCAGUGGUGAUCGUGCCGUUUAUAAGUCUGGACAUAGUGGGUUUGCUGCACGCCGCCACUAAGUCCGACAUGAUCCGCAUCAUCAUCAGGGUGCUGGAGACCAACCUCGCUAUCGCCAGAAAGCAGGCGGAGACGCAUGGACCAGCUGCGUUGAAGGUGACAGUGAUAUUCGACCUGGACGGCUUCAACAUACGCGAGUUCGCGUGGAAGCCGGCGACGCAGCUGGUGUUCUCCUGCCUGCAGAUGUACGAGGCCAACUACCCCGAGAUACUCAAAGUCUGCUACGUUGUUAACGCGCCGGCGGUAUUCUCCCUCGCGUUCGCUAUCGUCAAGAAGUUCAUACGUGAGCAGACGAUAGAGAAGAUCCAGAUCUACGGAAAUGACGCGCGCAAGUGGCAGGCGAAGGUGCUGAGCAAAGUGGAUAAGGACCAGCUACCGGUCUACUAUGGUGGGACAUUGAUGGACGAGACAGGAGACCCAAGGUGUCCGACUAUUGUCAACCUCGGCGGUAAAGUGCCGAAAUCCUUAUACCUGAAGAACAUCCAGCAGGAGAGUGAGAAGGAGUAUACCCACGCCACCGUCAAGACCGGUGACAAGCUGGUGGUAGACCUGCUGUGUGGGGACGGCGAGAGUGCGCUGCAAUGGGACGUCGGUAUAGACAGCCACGACAUCAAGUUUGUGAUCAAGAAGCGAGAGCAGUCCGGGGCUGAGAGCGUCAUCUACGGCCCCGUGAAGCUGCAGGAGGGACCGGCGGAGAUCGGCGUGCUGCCGGUCACCGGACCCGCUACUAUAUCUGUGAUAUUCGACAACAAGAGUUCAUACUUGAGAAGCAAAAAGAUUUACUAUGAUGUGGCCGUGACCGCCAACCUCACAGAGCUGGUCACAGACACACCGGAAGACAACACUGCACUGUGAUAUAGUUUUACAGCUCGACAAGGCUUUAAAUGAACGUGGCGAGAAAAGGAACUAAUACUUCCAUCAUACAAAAACGUCAUUUUUGACAGUUCUCCUUUACUAGGAGUGCCCCGUCUACGUUCAUAAGCCUUGGAGCACUUUAAGAAUAAGUUCGAAGAAAUUUAUUCAUAGGCAGUUGACAGACCUGCGUCAUUGGGUCAAAUCAUGCCAAUAACCAAUUCAAAGUUGUGAUGGUUGUGAUGUGGUUGUGAUCCGUCGGAUAGGUUAGGUUGACCGUGACAUAACGCGAACAAAUUUCGUAGGUCCGUCAACUACUUAUGAAUGAAUUUCUUUGAUGGUACAUUUGAGAUAACAAGCAUGAAGAUCAUAAUUUUUAUAGUAAUAGGGAAAUAUAU